AUGUGAGCGCAUCUACGCAGAGAGACACUCAGUGGGCAAGUAAACCCAGACCCACCAUAUAAAGACGGUCUGAUAGACAAUACCCACAGACUGUGAGAAGAGUUUGGUACGAAGCAACGCUCAAGAGUGGAUUCACACAGUGUUUUUAAUAAGGACAGACACAAAGCUACCUCAUUUAUAUCCUUUGGGGCUCAUCACUGUAAAGUUCGGAUUGGAUAUUGAUUUGAGCCAACGAAACCCUCUAAACACUAAUGAGUGUGACAAACUCUUCUGCUUAUCGAUCGGAGUGCAGGAGCAAGACUUCCUCUUCAUCCACCACUAAUCCAUACAUGGAGAAAAGCCGAGGACUCUUUGCUGAGGACUUUGGAUCUUUCAUGUGUCCAAAUGAUGCUUUGGGAUUUCCAAACAGAACAGGAAGCCCUGGGAACAUCAAAACACUGGGAGACACAUACGAAUUCACAGUGGAUGUCCGAGACUUCUCACCUGAGGAUGUUAUAGUCACCACUUCUAACAAUCAGAUUGAAGUUCAUGCUGAAAAGCUUGCUACUGAUGGCACAGUGAUGAAUACUUUCAACCAUAAAUGCCAGCUCCCAGAGGAUGUGGAUCCCACCUCGGUGAAGUCAUGUUUAGGGGCUGAUGGGACUCUCACUAUAAAAGCACAGAGAAACCCUGCAAAAUUGGAGCAUGCACAAACGUUCCGCACGGAGAUCAAAAUGUAGAUCUUUGUCCUUCAGUUUUCUUAUGUAAACUGAACUUUGCUUGUUACUUAGUAUUGCUUUGUCAUUCCUCCAUGAUCUCCUCUCAUUACUUCUUAUUACACUAUACUAAUUUAAUCAUGUUGCUGCAUGUGUGCAAAACACUGAAGACAAAUACACUGCUUACUUCAAUUUCCCAGUUACAUUGCACCUUAUACAUAUAGUAUAUAGUGGCAUCCAAACGUCUGACAGCACACUUAAAAUAAUAAUACAUUUAUGUUAAGAUAUAUAAAUUCUAAUUCCUUACUAAUCAGGGUUUUGAUAUUGACCAUGGUAGAGGAAAACAUUCAUCCAAAUAUUUUUAAAAUGUUGUCAUCAUUUAUAAAUGCUUUUGUUGGAAUAAAAGAUGUAAUGUAAUGCACUGACAGCCUCAGUCACCAUUCCCUUUUAUUGUAUGGAAAAAAAUGUAAUGAAAGUGAACGUUGACAGACUCUCAACAUUCUGCCUUUAUGUUUCACAAAAGAAAGAAACCCAUAUAGGUUUGGAAACACAUAAUGAUGACAGAUUUUUAUUUAUAUAUUUUGUGCUUAGUUUUUCCUCUACUUUCUUCAUACUAAUGUAAAUGUCAAUUUUAUUAUUAACAUGGGUCAUAAUAUGUCUAAUGAUAAUAAAUUAAUUAAAUUAAAAAUGAUGCAAUGAAAAUUUCGCAACCCAUGUCCAAGCAUUGAGGAACCUUUGCAUUGAACUUAUUAUGAAAAGUUAUUUUUUUUUAAUAUAAACCUGUGCUGUUCUGUGUAAUUAAAAACACAAAUGUAAUUAAAACAUAUUAAACAGAACAAAUCCAGCUGAUUCAUCCUUUUAAAUAUUUGAUAUAUUUCAAGCUUGUGAGUCAGUGGUUUGGUUUGUGCUUUCAGUAUAGUGGACAUCAUGACUAUGAACAAAUAAUAAGAAGGCCAACUCAGUGUGCUAUUGAGUACUUGCUCUAUGAAUAGAGUCUGCUGUCAUUUUUCAGUCUUAUCAUCUACUAUUUUUGAUAUGUCAACUUUCAACCUGUCACUGUUGUAACAGAUACAAAUAAAUGUCAAUUGGUACUUGCACACAAUGUUCUUUUGCACACAAUUUUCUUAAUUUUCAAAUUAAUAAUUUAAUGUGACAGCUAGAGCUAGGCUUUAGUUUUAUAUAUUGCUAAUAAAACACAGUCAAUGCUUUCCCCAAGAAUAAAUUAUCCCUCUAUCCAGAUAAAUGUUAUGACACUCUUAAUAUAAUGCUGGAAUAAUCAACAGUAUGGAUGUAUUAUUCUAAAUCUUUUUUUCACGAACUAUGAAAUGCAGUACUAAGUACUAAAACUUAGCUUGCCUGUUCAUUUUUGCCAAAAGCUACAGCAUCAUGGUUCACUGGUCAUUUAGUUAAUGGCUAAAAUGUGCACUAAAAAUAAGCAUACAGGCUGAUGUUUGCCCGCAGACUUGAAUGUGAUUUACAUAUCCAUGAAUAUAAAAUGGUCAUGUGUAAAUGCAAAACGACCAGAAUAAAUAAAACAUUGCGAUUUACUUUUUCAA